ACUGUGGCGAGACAGGUCCAGUGACGAUACCAGCGACGAUACAAAGCACAACAACUAUAGAGCACGACGGGACAACUGAUUCUGACAUGCACUUUGAGAAACCGUCAAAGGAGAAGCCGUGCACUCAGCCCACUGUGAAGAAACUCCUGGAGCAGAAGAGGAAGAGGGAAACAUCGUCGGUGCCGCCAUCUUGCUCUCACCCCACCCUUGCUCCUCCAACUUAUACACUGUCUGCAGGAGAAUCUUCAGAUUAUCCAGGUGGAUCAAAUAUACAUUCAGAAAUGGCAGUGAGUUCGCAGAUGUGGACCCCAGCACAAGAGAUGCUGUUCAGUUAUCCCUCGUCACAACCAGGGCCAAGCUACACUUCCUCCUACAAUCUGCCAUCUGUCACCCCACAAUAUGGCACACUGUCAUAUGCCCAAACCUUUGACAACACACAGCCUCAACCAUACGAGCCCUUGAUGACAGACCUUAGUUCAUCAUGGUCCAUCCAAGCUGAGGUGGUGCCCAGCCAGAGUUCAAUAUUAAGUUUUGGGACUCCAUUGGAUCCAAACAAACUGCAAGAAGCCAGGAUGUUCAUCAGGGGGAUGGACUACAGCAGGACCACUGAGCAGGAUGAAGACGGGGACACUAUGCUGCAUAUCUACGCUGCCAAAGGCCUCCGGGAGUGUGCCUAUGCUGCUGCAGAAGAACUCAAACCACUGGGAAGACUGGAUGCACAAGAACAUAAGGGCAAGACAGCUUUACUGGUGGCAGUGGCAGCCAAUCAUCCAGAGAUUGUACAUGAUCUUCUGUCACUGGGGGCAGAUAUUAAUGCAUGUGAUAUAAAUGGACAGACUGCUCUUCAUCUGGCCGCUCACUAUGGAUACAGUGUAGUUCUGCAGGCCCUACUUUGUUACAGGCCCUACUGUGAGGCACGCAACUUUGAGGGAAUGACACCCUUGCACUGUGCAGCCUUGUCCCACUGCACGGUGAUGAAAGAGAUAUAUACUGGACGGUCAGAUGCAACAAAAGCUACAGACAAACUGGCUUGUGUUGAAAUGCUACUCAAUGCUGGGGCGUCUUUGCUCAGCCAGGAAAUUAAGAGUAAUAAGACUGUGUUGCACUUAGCUGUAAAGGAGGGGAACAUUCAGUUGGUUCGCUUUUUGCUCAGGAAUCCACAGGCCAAUAUGAAAGUGUUUGUUGAUGUGAAAGAGUUUGUCAAUAUGAAAGCCCACGGACACACAGCGUUACACAUGGCGGCUGGUCUCCAUGGUAACUCUCAUCAGAAGGAGAUAAUGCAGUUGCUUCUGAGCCACGGAGCUGACCCCAGCAUCCGUAACCUGGAGAACGUCCAAGCAGCACAUCUGUUGCAGAGAGGACCUGAGGGAGAACAGCUCAAAGUCAUGUUGAAGAGACGCAACACUUCUUCACGGCGCCGUGUACAGGACCCACAAUGA